AUGAUGAAGAUUUUAUUGUCUUAUGGAUGUAAUGCAAACUCAUCAGACACUCAAGGCAAAACUCCAUUCUCAAUAUUGGUUAAUAAACUUCAGAAUUUGAAGAAUGGAAAUGAAAUAUUAAAAUAUUUUAGAGAUCAUGCAAGUGAUCAACGAAGAAAGUCCAAAUUAACUAAAGUUGUUACUGCAUUUGAAGAUGAAGAAAUUUUUGAUGUUUCGUUCCUAAAUUUGAAGGAUUUACUUCGAAAUGGUGACAUUAAUAAAUUUGAAGAUGAAUUUCCACAACUGAAAGGAAGCUAUCAAGCUUACAAGACCAAUUGUGAGGAUUUUCUAGAAUUUGCUAUUGAAUCGAGGCUCAUCAACGUCAUUGAUCUAAUAGUAAAUAGUGCAUCAUCAAAAAAUAUCAAUGAUCUAAGGCUGGAAGAAAAUAAUUCAAAAAUUCUACUUCUAUUUUGGGCCUACAAGGAAGCUGAUUUGGAAGUUUUCAGCAUUUUUUUAUUAAAUCCACACAUUAGCUUACAUUUUGGAUCAUCAACAUUACUUCAUUAUUUUUUUGAAAAAUUCAAAAUUUACAGCAGUAAAGAUUCUAAGGAAUCAGACGAAUAUCAAUGGACAAGUGAAAUGACGUCCAAUGAGAAGAAGUGCUUUGAUCUUAUACUUAAAAAUACAAGAUGUGAUCGUGAUUAUUUGAAUAAACUCGAUGAAGAUGGAUAUCCUGCAAUUUAUUAUUCAGUAAAAUACGGAGUUGAUUAUAUGACAAGGAGGUUAUUGGAAGAGGGAGCUUAUAUUGGAUCAGUGAUUACGAAUAUCCGCAGAAGCUUGUUAAGUGACUUUCUUGAUAGUUGCAUCACAUCAAAUUCAAAAUUCCAGGAUGACAAAGAUUUCAAACUGACCGUGGAUUAUAAAUUUUUAGAGCCAUCGUCAAUUAACAACAAGUAUGGAAUGAAUCAGAUCGCAAUUAACAUUCCCAAUUCGUCAGUCGAAAAGCUUCAUCCUUUUUCCGUAAAGGAGCACCAUGAUAAUUAUGAUUGUGAAAUGAUAUCACUUCGAAAAUUGGUUGGAAAUGCAAACUUACAGCGACUUAUCAUGCAUCCUGUACUUGCGUCGUUUGUUUUUCUUAAAUGGAGCAAGAUCAGAUUCCUGAUACAUUUGAAUUUGAUAUUUACACUUUUGUACAUAUUUUCGUUCAUUCCAUUUGUACUGAUCAAUGAACAUCGAACCACAUCAAACAACAAUUGCUCGAACUUGAUUUAUAAACCACUUUAUGUUGCCUCAUUCUUAAGUAUAACAGUGCUUAUUUUACGAGAAUUAUCUCAACUGAUAUUAUCACCCAAAAGAUAUAUCUUAUCGCGAUCCAAUUGGAUAGACAUAGCUCUUAUAUUAGUAUCAUUAGCAAUUUUGCUUGACUUUUGGUCUCGAAAUCACCAUUUGAGAAUGCUUCAGACGAUCAUUAUUUUACUUGCAAUGUGGGAGUAUUUCAAUCUUCUUGGAUACCUGCCUCUUCUGUCUGUGUCGCUGCAUACAAAGAUCUUCAGAAAAGUCUUUACAACGUUCUUCAAAUCACUAGCAUUUUAUUCAGUUAUGAUUAUUGGAUUUGCACUAGCGUUUUACACACUACAAGGUGAUAAAUUUGUAAGAGACUCUAACAACAGUUUCAUUAAUUCAUAA